AUGCCGACGGUGUUGCUCGUUGCCAUGUCCCUCUUAGUAGUAACCCAUGUCGAUAGCCUUAUUGCUACCAAUUCCCUCUUGGUAGCAACCUAUACCUACAAUCUAGUUACAACAAACUACUUCUCGACGAUAACUUUACCAACAACAUUAACUUUGAUAAACGAUAGAUGGAUGAUGAAAGAGUUCAAACUCAAUUCAAGCAAGCUUCGAGUCAAA